GAAGGUGGAAGGUGACUGUUAGUAAGAUCCCCGGUGAGUUUUGGGUGGUGGGGUUCACCGAUCCACGUUAUUAUUCUGAUCACAUGGAGACAUCAACGGCUCUACUGCUCUUCGUUGCCAUCACAGCUUAUUUACUGUGGUUCACUUUCAUCUCGCGCUCGCUGCGGGGCCCACGAGUGUGGCCUUUGCUGGGUAGUCUGCCGGGGUUGAUUGAAAACUGCGACCGCAUGCAUGAUUGGAUCGCCGAGAAUCUUCGCGCGUGUGGUGGCACGUACCAAACUUGCAUCUGCCCCAUCCCUUUUCUAGCACGAAAGCAAGGGUUGGUGACUGUCACGUGUGAUCCUAAGAAUCUCGAGCACAUAUUAAAGACUCGUUUUGAUAAUUAUCCCAAGGGUCCCACUUGGCAAGCUGUGUUCCAUGAUCUACUCGGGGAAGGUAUCUUUAAUUCUGAUGGUGACACGUGGCUGUUCCAGAGGAAGACCGCUGCGCUCGAGUUCACGACUCGGACUCUACGACAAGCCAUGGGUCGAUGGGUGAACCGAGCCAUCAAGCUGCGUUUCUGUCCUAUAUUGGAAACGGCUCAAAUCGAAUCCAAGCCGGUCGAUUUUCAGGACCUGCUCCUCCGGCUCACAUUCGAUAACAUCUGUGGAUUGACGUUCGGCAAGGACCCUCAGACCCUGUCGCCCGGUCUAUCCGAGAACCGGUUCGCAUCGGCAUUCGACCGAGCCACAGAAGCCACCCUGCAACGCUUCAUCCUCCCCGAAGUCAUUUGGAAGAUGAAGAAAUGGCUUCGGCUUGGAAUGGAAGUCACCCUGAGCCAAAGUAUUCGACACAUGGAUGAUUACCUAUCCAAUGUGAUCGAGACACGUAAGCUGGAGCUCAAGCAGAAUACUGGCGGGAACCCACACGACGAUCUACUGUCCAGGUUCAUGAAGAAGAAGGAAUCCUACGCGGACUCCUUCCUCCAACACGUGGCACUCAAUUUCAUCCUAGCUGGACGUGACACGUCAUCUGUAGCUCUCAGCUGGUUCUUCUGGUUACUAACACAAAAUCCUAGGGUGGAAGAUAAGAUCUUACACGAGAUCUGUACGGUGUUGAUGGAGACACGUGGCGAUGACACGUCAAAGUGGUUGGAAGAGCCAUUGGUGUUCGAGGAAGUUGACCGGUUGUUCUACCUGAAAGCAGCACUUUCGGAAACGCUCCGGUUAUACCCGUCGGUACCACAGGACUCAAAACACGUCAUCGCCGACGAUGUGUUACCGGACGGCACGUUCUUACCGGCGGGAUCAGCGAUCACUUAUUCGAUAUAUUCAGUAGGGAGGAUGGAGUGGACGUGGGGGGAAGAUUGUAUGGAAUUCCGACCAGAGAGGUGGUUGUCGUCGGACGAGAAGAAUUACGAAGCGAAGGAUCAGUUCAAGUACGUAUCGUUUAAUGCAGGGCCAAGGAUCUGUUUGGGUAAGGACUUAGCUUAUCUCCAAAUGAAGUCUAUCGCAGCUGCGGUGUUACUCAGGCACCGGCUUAUUUUAGCACCGGGGCAUAGAGUGGAACAGAAGAUGUCGUUAACUCUCUUUAUGAAGAAUGGGCUCCUGGUUAAUGUGCACCGUAGGGAUCUGACGGCCAUCGCUGCUGCAAUUCGUAAGAAGAAGGAAGGAAUAUCUGCCGUUACUGUUAACUGUAACGGUAACGGUAACGGUAAUGGUAAUGGUCACGUGGUUGAUCAGAUGGUCGUUGGAGCUGCAUAA